CCAAUAUUUGUAGCAACAUAACUCUAUGGAUUAUCCAUAACAGGCACGUGCUUUCACUCAAGUCACAGUCAUCGAGCGAUUGUUAUUAUUGUAUGCUUUCUCGAUUCCCCAUUAUUCUAUAGUGACUUAUUGUCUGCGAUAUCACCUCGGUGGAAGCGGACGUAAAAUACAACUAACUAACAACAUGUCAGGUCGAUUUGCGCUCAUGUUGUCAAAUUGUUCCGGUUCGAUGAAUUUCGAGAAAUGUUUUUGGAGCAAUGUUUUUUUUAGAAAUGUUUUGCAAGAUUUGAUUUUGGAAAUUUGUUGUUGAAAUGUAAAUGUGGGCUAAUAUUUUGAUCUUCUAAAAUAAGUGUUAUCUUAAUAUAACUAAAAUUAAAUUAAACCAAAAUACAAAUCUUUCAUGGCAAAUGUCUGACUUGUUAAACAAAUAUUGAUUUUAAGAUACAAAUGUUAAUUUUAAUGUACAAAUGUCGGAGUACGACAACAAAUAGAGAAUUAAGGACUAUGAAUUAAGAACACUGAAUAAAGAGCCAUUUGGUCUUCCAUACCUACUGGAACUCUUUCGUCCCGCAAACAAUACGACUAUCAUGACAAAAUUAACAAUAUAAGUCAUUGCCUGCGUACAUUUGGGUCAGGGCGUGUGAUGUUGUUUUGAUUUUUUGCAGCUGAAUCGGUUGUUUGGGUGACUACUGGUAAAAGUGAACCGGUUGUUUUAGCUGGCUGCAAUACUCAACUGGAUUGCGACUUACAUGUUGAAAAGUAUGACGUCUCUCUGUUAAAGGUUAAUGGAUUCACGGAAAAUGGACUGGAUAAAACGGACAGGUAUGAAAUACAGAAGACUACAACCAGACAAGGACAGCACAUUACUCUGAAUAUAACAAAUGUGACAUUACAAGAUGCUGGUAUAUAUAGAUGUAAAGUAGAUUUGACAGACCACUCUAAAGACAUUAACCUCGCCGUUAUUGAUUUCCAGUGGAAGAGUAAUAUGGCGACUAUGAAGGUUCGCGUGGCAAAUAAUAUAACGAUGCAAUAGGAAUAUGUAUCCAAGGCUGAGUUUGAAUAUAUUUUUUUAUUUAGAAAAUCCAUGGAAGAUGACACCAGACGGGGUCUUGUUAAGUGGGAGUAUGGCAUUGAAGCAGCAAGAUGGAAGGAUGACAGAAUUGACCUUCGUUUGAUUACCAAUAACUCAACAAAAAUUAUAUUUAACUUACGCACCUUAGUAGAGGAUGACAGAACGGACCUUCGUUUGAUUACCAAUAACUCAACAAAAAUUAUAUUUAACUUACGCACCUUAGUAGAGGAUGACUUGAAAUAUAAAUACCACUUACAGUUAAAAUACAGUGAUACCUGUAUCAUAUCUCACAAACCAGUUAGUUUACAAGAAGAUGUAGAGCCCAGAAUGAUAGAUCCGGACAAUCAGCAGAUGUAUGGUAGAAUUGGCGAAAAGAUACCAUUAGUAUUUACGUAUUACUACAGCUUCCCGGCAUUCAUCAUUAACUUCACCCGUGCAAAUAGCUCCGGAUUUAAAUAUGAACCUGGGGACGUCACUUGGAAAGAUGUAAAUUCAGUUAUAGAUGACGACAGACUGAUCUUUAAUAACCGAUCUAUAUUAGGUGGAGGGCAGAUAUCUCUAAUUAUAUUAAAUACAACUAUUCAAGAUUAUAAUGCUGUCUAUAAAUGUGAAGUUAUAUUUACCAAUGGCAAGAUUGUUUCUGCAAUGAUUGAAUUAAUUCUACAAUCUGACACAGUCAUGCCUGAAACAGAGAAGACGACAUUUGAAAGAAAUAUGAUGAUAGUAUUGGUGAUAGUAAUGGUAUUAACAAGUUUGAUAAUAGGAAUUGUUGUUUGUAGAUAUAAAUGUAGAUCACAUAAAUAUGAGAGACCGAGACGUGCCAGUAAUACCACGAAUAAUAUGAGACAUUCCUACAUUUCAAUAAACAGUGUUGUUAUAUUCCAUGCCAACCGUGAUUCUACUACAACCAAUACUGAGUCUACUGCAUCUAACGACACAGAUGCAUAUGCUAAUCCUUACGAUCCAAUCAACAGAGAUGGUAUUGAUACCAGUAAAAACUUUUAUAUGUCACUACAUAAUGCUGGAACAAGUAACAUUAACCAAGGCGAUGAUGUCCACGAAACAGAAGUUGAUGACAAUUCGGUAACCAAAAUAGACGAUGAUGAUGAUGACGACGAUGAUGUAACUAAUAUAGAUGAUAUCCACACAGCCGAUGAUGAUAACGACGAUGAUAACGACGAUGAUGAUGAUGAUGAUGAUACAUAGGCACAUGACUCUAACCCUUACAAUCCUCUAAACAAAUAUACCAUGAACAGUGAUAUACACAGUUAUAUAUCGCUACCACCAUGUACCAGAUCCGACUAUGGAAAGAAUGACCUUUUGCACAAUUCCAGGAUAGUAGAUGGCGUAAUAAUAAUUCAGUAAUGAACAUUUUCUGCGUCGAUGUUUUGGAACAUAACAUUGAGUGAGACUGGUAAAAGUGGUGUAAAGUUCCAUUACAUCAAACUCGGGGUGUAGUUUCAGUAUUUCAAUACGGUGAUGAGCAAUUUUUAUUAGUCAAGAUUUUGGAACUCGACAACAUUGAUUCUAAUUGGGUGACACUACUUACAUUGAGAACUGCUUAGCAACAUAAUAGAUGCUGUAUAUAAAAAGAUAUAUACAAUUAAAAAAUGUGUGUUGGGGGACAUCAGCCUCACUGUUGGCUUGUUUUAUUUAAAAAUUUAUUCUUUGAUAUACGUUAUUCAUAUAUUUGUUACUUUGCUAGUCAUAUGUUUUGUGCAAUAGGGAUCCAUGAGAUAUCCUCAUUUUUUGUUAUUCGCAAUUGAUAUACUGUACACAUAUUCCUGUUUUUGAAUUUAAAUUGAUUUUUUUUAAACAAAAUAUAUCUUUGUUUUUAAACUGAUAA